AUGCCGGCCAACGAUGGCCCAGAGACUCUGGGCACGUGUGCAGCAACGCAACCGUUGAGCCCUGCUCCAUCAUUCAUCCUUUUCAACGAUGCCCGCACGGCCAUCCAAGAAAGCGUCUACGCCAUCAUUGGACACGGUAACUUCCAGCGACGCCUGCUUUUCACCGGCAUGUUGUCCGUGGUGGUGCUGCUCCUGCACGCGUUCGCCCACUUCUUGAUCGGCCGCGACGUGGACCACUGGUGCCGGCCGCCAAACGACCUCAGCCAGAUGUCCAGAGAGGCGUGGAGAAACGCGGCCAUACCCCUUCAGGCCGACGGCAGCUUCAGCCAGUGCACCAUUUACCGCCCACCGUUGCCGACGCCGGAAAAUUCCGAAGAGGUACGCCACGUGGUGCCGUGCCACAGUUGGGAUUACGACGCCCAAGACACCAGUGACAGCAUCGUGAGCCGGUGGGACCUUGUCUGCGAUAAACGCUGGUUGCACAAGUUCACCACCAUUGCCAACAUGCUGGGAGCUGCAUUGCUCGUGCCGGCCGCCGGCUUCGUAUCCGACAGGGUCGGCCGCCAGCUGGCCAUCAUGGGCAGCGUGCUUUGCCUCCUGGCAUUUAGCGUAGCCUGCAGCGUGGCGCAGACAUUCACCAUGUUCCUGGUGACCCGGUUCUUUAUCUCCGCGACCAGCUGCUCAGUUCAGGUGCUCGUGUUCAUCCUCAUCUACGAAGUGACCGGCAACCAGAACCGGGCCACGUACGGCGUCCUGGACACAGCGGUGGGCACGACGCUGGUUCCGCCGGCUUUGCACGUGCUGUCUUUGCUGGAGCCACGUUGGUUCAUGGCCCACUUGGUCCUACUGGUGCCUACGCUCAUGCUGGUUCUCUGGUGUUGCCUCCUCGACGAGUCGCCCAGCUGGCUUCUCUGCACGGGAAGGCCUCAUGCCGCGGAGAUGGCGGUCAUGGCCGCGGCGACUAGCAAUGGCUUGAGCGCGAACAAGGCGCGGGAAUCCUUCAGGGUGCUCACAUCGCACAUCCGGAAGCGUGAGACCGCUAACCAAUACAGCAUGAGCGUCGUCAGCACUGAUACGUUCCUGCACGAGCCGCUCUUCCGCUGGGGCGUCCUGUCGGUGCUGCUGUCCUGGUUCAGCGUGAAUCUCGCCUAUUACGGUCUUGUCCUUCUGAACGCCACGGCCGGCCACUUAUGGCGCACAGUCCACAUGGUCGUCCAGGCGUCGCUCUACGCGAGUGUCUGCAGGUACAUCAGUAACCACGGACAGCGCGAGACGCUCUCCAUACUGCUCGCGUUUCUGUGCGCCUCCGCCGUCAUGCAUGCCGCCGCCUCUGUGACGAUGGCGCCUCCACUUUCAUCAGCAUUCGGCGUAGUCGUCGAAAGCCUGGCGUCCGCUGCGCUAAGCGUCAACUACGGCUACACGGCGGAGGUCUUCCCCACCACCAUACGCAGUUUGGGACUCACCACCUCGUAUGCGUUCGGCCGCAUGGGGGUCAUCACGGCCUCGGUCAUCGUGGUGCUUUGGGGUGGUCCCAGCGAAGCCGGCAUGCCGUUCGACGGGGUGGUGGCUUUCUUAGCUCUGUUGAGUGGGGUUUUCAUCCAGUGGCUGCCGGAGAUUGUUGCCGAGAAAAGAGAGACGCAUUAUCACGAAAGUGAAAGAGAACGCAAGCAAGCUAUCCUGGCUUCACUGGCGUCCACCAUCAAGCCUGCUAUGCGGUCCAAAGAAAUUCGCCGAAAGUCUUCAGGAUCACUCUGUUCGACAACGACGAAGGUCCGUGCUUCAGUUACCCGUCAGACUAAUGACCUAUAG